AUGGCCUCCAAGACCUUUGCUCGAACCCUGCGCACUGCUUCCAAGCAGAAAAUCAGCUCCCCCGCCGUGCAGAAACGCUCCAUCGCGACUGCCCUGGCAACCAGACCUCUUGUUGCUGCCACCCAACGUCCACUUUUUGCAGCUCCAGCUCAGCAGCAAAAGCGAGGAGUCAAGACCAUCGACUUCGCCGGCACAAAAGAAACCGUCUUCGAACGGGAAGACUGGCCGCGCGAGAAGCUCCUCGAGUACUUCAAGAACGACACCCUCGCCCUGAUCGGCUAUGGCUCGCAGGGUCACGGUCAAGGUCUGAACCUCCGAGACAAUGGCUUGAACGUCAUCAUCGGCGUGCGCAAGAACGGCGCGUCGUGGAAGGAGGCGGAACAAGAUGGCUGGAUCCCGGGCAAGAACUUGUUCGACGUCGACGAAGCUAUCGACCGGGGCACCAUCAUCAUGAACCUGCUCAGUGAUGCUGCUCAGAGUGAGACCUGGCCUGCCAUCAAGCCCAAGUUGACCAAGGGCAAGACCCUGUAUUUCUCCCACGGCUUCUCCCCAGUCUUCAAAGACCUCACAAAAGUCGACGUCCCCAAGGACAUUGAUGUCAUCCUCGUCGCCCCCAAGGGUUCCGGCCGCACCGUGCGAAGCUUGUUCCGUGAGGGCCGAGGUAUUAACUCGUCCGUGGCCGUCUACCAAGACGUGACCGGCAAAGCCGAAGAGAAGGCCAUCGCCCUUGGUGUGGCCAUUGGUAGCGGCUACCUGUACAAGACCACCUUCGAGAAGGAAGUCUACUCCGACCUCUAUGGUGAACGAGGAUGCCUGAUGGGCGGCAUUCACGGCAUGUUCCUGGCCCAAUACGAGGUCCUUCGCGAGCGCGGCCAUUCGCCCUCGGAGGCCUUCAACGAGACCGUUGAGGAGGCCACUCAAUCCCUGUACCCUCUGAUCGGCGCCAACGGCAUGGACUGGAUGUACGCCGCAUGUUCGACCACCGCCCGUCGCGGAGCGAUCGACUGGUCCAGCAAGUUCAAGGACACCCUCAAGCCUCUGUUCAACCAGCUCUACGACAGCGUGAGGGACGGUUCCGAGACCAAGCGCAGCUUGGAGUUCAACAGUGCACCUGACUACAGAGAGAAGUACGAGAAGGAGAUGCAAGAUAUCCGGGACUUGGAGAUCUGGCGUGCCGGGAAGGCCGUUCGCUCCCUCCGCCCUGAGAACCAGUGA